AUGAACCAGGCGCAGAGCCUGCUGCUCGACGGCCUCACCAAGACGCGGCACGUGGCCAACGCGGCGCUCGUCAGGGCGGCGGACGCCUCGGUGCUGGCCUCCACGCCCGGCUUCCCCGUGCAGAGCCUGGCGCCGCAGCUGGUGAGGGCCUUCUACAAGGACCUGCUGCAGGUGCGCCGCGAGGGCAUGUACUUCAAGGAGCGGCACUACGCGUGCGUGCGCGCCGACGAGCACGCCAUCUACCUGAAGGGCGAGGACAGCGGCGUGGUGCUGGCCAAGACGAAGGCCUUCGUGCUGGUGGGCACCUACGCGCAAGGCAUGCACCCCAGCGUGUGCGUGGAGGCGGUGGAGAAGCUGGCCGAGUACCUCCGCAAGAAGGGCAACUGA